UUUCUAGUAACAGUCUUUAGGGGUUUUCUUUGCUUUUCUUGGCAUUUUUAAUUAGCAUACAACAAGACAGAUAUGAAAAUCUCUAUCCGUCUAGUUAUUCAACAUUCCUUCCCUUCUGCUCUUUCUAUUUCCUGCGGUUGCCUGGGUAAAUGUUGAAAUGCAUGUAACAUGGCAACCCUUGCUGUUCGUUAUGACAACCUCCUUGUUUCUUGCUUUUUGGGUAGCAAACAAUUGAAAAUAAAUUCAGACUGCCAGUAGAACUACGUCAGAUAGUUGACAACAAACAAUUCUAGGCAUUUCGAAAACAGUCGAGAAAACGUCCCUCGCUUAAAUAGUGAUUUUCCAGGAAAUCUGAAAAUGAAAACCCAAGGAAAAUAUGGAGUGACAGCAAAGGCAACUGCACAAGUUCUUUGUGAGGAUGUUAGAAAUUUUAGUACACGCCGUCGCAAUAUUCUCUACCUAAUGCAUCGAUAUCUGGUGGAGAAUGGAUACUAUUCUAGCGCCGAAUCCUUGAAAACUGAAGGACAUCUCUCCGAAGAAUACGAAUUGUGCGACAAUAUCGAUCUGGAUGCCAUGUACCUAGAGUAUGCCAGCUUUUUCAACUUAAAAUUCGGUAAAUACCCUAAGAUCCUAAAGAAAGUGGGCGCCAAAAUCAAAGUGGAGAUGUCUGGAAAGGGGCAGGAAAAACCUGUAGUUAAGGAUAUAACAAAGAACGCCAAAACAACACCAACCACAGAGGCAUCAUUGGCCAAUUGGCAUAUCAGUAUGGGAGCAGCGACGGCAGCUCUGAAUAAUGAACAACCAUUGCAGAUUAAAAAAAUGGAAACGGCUGUCGAUGCAAAUGGCCAAGAAACUUCGAAUGGUUAUGAAAUCGAACAUGGUCAUUUGGGUGCCGACGAUGCUCUAUUCUCCUCCAUGGACUGGCAAUCUCUGGCUGAAUUGGUCAAGACUUCUAUUUUACAGGAGAAUAUAAAACUUAAAUGGUCAGAUGUUUGUGGUAAUCAACGAGCCAUUGAACUGAUCAAAGAGGCCGUGCUAACGCCCAUUGAAUAUCCACAAUUAUUUGCACAUGGCUUGAAGCCCUGGAGAUCGCUGCUGCUUCAUGGACCUCCUGGCAGUGGUAAAACCUUUCUGGCUAAGGCCUUAUAUUCCGAGACCCAGGGUCUGGUUACCUUCUUUAAUAUAACUGCCAGCAUAAUGGUUAGCAAAUGGCGUGGAGAAUCGGAAAAAAUCCUAAGGGUACUCUUUCAUAUGGCAGCCAAGAGAGCUCCAUCUGUGAUUUUUCUCGAUGAAAUCGAAAGUUUGACCUCAAAACGGGAUAGAUCCACAGAUCACGAGAGUUCCAAGCGCUUUAAAAACGAACUUUUGCAACUUUUAGACGGCAUGGAACACACUUUAAACGGGGUUUUUGUCUUGGCCAGCACCAAUUUACCUUGGGACAUUGAUGAGGCCUUUUUACGACGUUUCGAAAAGAAAUUACUAGUUCAAUUGCCCAACGCGGCGGAAAGAAGUUGUCUGAUAAGUCGUCUUCUGGGCAGUAGUAUCUCGUUGAAUGCCCGACUAUUGGAACAGCUUGUUGAGAUCUCUGAUCAGUUUACUGGCGAUGAAAUACGACUGGCCUGCAAGGAGAUCAGUAUGCAUCGCGUACGUUGUGCCACAAAGCUGGCUGAUAGAUCUACAGGUUUACCCAAAGAAUCACAGGCUGCCAUCGAAGCCAAUGUGGAGAAGGCCUUCCGGCAGGUGCGCCCUUUGGGCCAGAAACUGUUGGCCAAACACGAACAAUGGCAGCAGGAAAAUGGCUCCUAAACUCGCUAAAUUCCGCUUUCAAGUUUUAAUACAUAUAUAUUUUGUAGAAAAAUAAAUAAAUAAUAAAUAAAUCUAAUAAAAUAUUAACAAACAAAAAUCA